GUGGCGCAGUGUUCUUCCAGCACAGGGCACAGGGAGCCAUCGCUGGAGGCUGAAAGCUCGGACCCGGGCUUCUGUGUCUCCUCUCAUCGCCCCUCCUUGCCCUUCUGCCCCAGGUAGAGGGAAAGAGUGGGCCCGAGGAAAGCCCGCGACCUCUGCGUCUGUAAAAUGGAGCAGUGAACGACGUGAAGUCAGGCAGGAGCCCCGGGCGCCGGGCAGGCCUGGCACGUGCUGGGGAGGGGUGAGGAGGGAUCAUGGCAGCGCUCAGACCCGUCCUCCCCUUUCCAGGCUUUUUGGCCCAGCCCACUGAGGUGAAGAUUACGGGGGUCACCUGGCGCAGUGUGAGAGCUGGCAGAGGCAAAGCCGGCCACCUGCUCCCCAAAUCCUCUCCUCCAAGAGACCCCCAAUAAAGAGCCGGGAGGAAACCCCUGGGCCCCUCGGCGCUCCCCGCGGGAGAGCAAUGGUUCUGGAAGCCGCACCCUCCCCGGAUCCCUGGGGCGGCUGCUCGGCGCCCGCCGGGAGCCUCCGCCCCCUCCACCUCCUCCCGCGGCGAGGCGGCGCGCGAGCUGGAGCCGGUGCGCAGGGCCGCCCGCACCUCGUCCCCCGCCCGUCCCCGGCCCGUCCCCGCCCGGUCCCCGCCGCCGCUGCCGCCCGAGCGUCCCUCCGCUCCCGCCCGCCGCGAUCCGGCCUCCUGCGCCCGGGACCCGAGAGAGCCUCAGAGUUUCCUGCCUUUGGGUGGCUCCAUUAGUCACACUCCGUCUGAGAGCCUGGGGAUUGUCUGAGUGGGAGCGGAAACAACGUCGUAUUAAUCAGGAAACAAUCCCUUUCAACCAUCCCAUCAGCUGCCAUUUCUGGGCCCUUCAGCGGCCUCCCUAACCCAGACACUGGGAAAAUGCAAAUGCCGAGACCGAAAUCCUAUGAGAGACUGGAAAAGAAAUGGACGUGAACGUCACUUAUGCCAGCUUUCAGGGACUUCCCCGCCACCGAGGAGGCCCAGCCUUUGAACCGGCUUGAGCCGCAUCCCGCAAGCAAGAUGGCGUCAGAGAGCCCGGCCCCUUCCCCGAGCCCAUGAGGGGCGAGGCCCCUUGAGGCCCGAAGAUGGGGAACGUCACUGAGAACUCGUCGCUGAGCUGUCCCAUCGACCACACCAUCCACCAGACUCUGGCCCCGGUGGUCUACGUGGCGGUGCUGGUGGUGGGCUUCCCGGCCAACUGCCUGUCCCUCUACUUCGGCUACCUGCAGAUCAAGGCCCGGAACGAGCUGGGCGUGUACCUGUGCAACCUGACGGUGGCCGACCUCUUCUACAUCUGCUCGCUCCCCUUCUGGCUGCAGUACGUGCUGCAGCACGACAACUGGCCGCACGGAGACCUGUCCUGCCAGCUGUGCGGCAUCCUCCUCUACGAGAACAUCUACAUCAGCGUGGGCUUCCUGUGCUGCAUCUCCAUCGACCGCUACCUGGCCGUGGCCCACCCCUUCCGUUUCCACCAGUUCCGCACCCUGAAGGCGGCCGUGGGCGUCAGCGCACUCAUCUGGGCCAAGGAGCUGCUGACCAGCGUCUACUUCCUCAGGCACCAGGAGGUGGUGGAGGACGACAAGCGGCACCGCGUCUGCUUCGAGCACUACCCGCUGCAGCCGUGGCAGCGCGGCAUCAACUACUACCGCUUCCUGGUGGGCUUCCUCUUCCCGCUGUGCCUGCUGCUGGCCUCCUACCAGGGCAUCCUGCGGGCCGUGCGCCGCAGCCACGGCACCCAGAAGAGCCGCAAGGACCAGAUCCAGCGGCUCGUGUUCAGCACGGUGGUCAUCUUCCUGGCCUGCUUCCUGCCCUACCACACCCUGCUGCUGGUGCGCAGCCUCUGGGAGGCCAGCUGCCAGUUCGCCAGGGCCGUCUUCAACGCCUACCACUUCGCCCUGCUCCUCACCAGCUUCAACUGCGUGGCCGACCCCGUGCUGUACUGCUUCGUCAGCGAGUCCACCCACAGGGACCUGGGCCGCCUGCGCGGGGCCUGCCUGGCCUUCCUCACCUGCGCCAGGGCCGGCCGGGCCAGGGAGGCCUACCCGUCGGGCACCCCCGACGCCUCGGGGAAGAGCGAUGAGCCCGAGCUGCUGACCAGGCUCCACUCGACCUUCCAGACCCCGAACUCGCCUGGAGCGGGCGGGACCCCCGCGGGCGGCUUGGCCUAGCCAGGGUCCCGCCACCGUGUGGGGCCAAGUGAGGCCUGAGCUUGCCCGCCGCCUGCCGCCCGCGUGGCCAAGCGCAGGUGGGAGCAAUGGGCCUGGGCCGCCGUGAGACCUCUCUGGUCCCGGGGAGGAGGGGGGGGGGGCGCCUCUCUGGUCCCGGGGGGCCUGCUCCAGCUUGCUGAGCCCAGUGGGGAUAAGCCCCCAUCGGCUGAUGGGAGUCGUCUGAGGCCGGCUUCUGGGGAGAGGAAGACAGUGAAUUGUCACCUCCAGGAAGUUCUCAAAGACAGGCUGGAGGGGGGGGGGGGGAGGGUGCAGAGCGUGACGGGUGGGGAUUGGGAGAUGAGGGGGGGGUAUCUGGGUUCACGCCUGCCAGGACCUUUCAGUGCCGUUGUCACCGAUGACAGCUGUCCAAAUGCACGGGUGUUUCCUGAGGACAUGACACACGAAGCUGUAUUGUCAUCAUUAACACUUGAGCCCCACCCCACAAAGGGGUCGGAAGGGAGAUGACCUCCCUGGAGGCCGGAGGGGAGAAGGGAGGUGGGGAGGCGGUCGGGCACUGGCAGCAUGUGGUGGGGGGACAGUGAAGGGCAUGUCUCACUUUCACAGGAAAGGUGAGUAGAUUCUACAAGCCCCAGGGCUGAUGGAAGACAAAUCCCGGGGCUCCCUGGGGCCAUGUCUGUGGCCCUUUUAAACAGCCAGUCCUGAAGCGCAGGGCCAGGACAGAGGCCUAAAUCCAGUGUGUCUAACCGAGUUCCCAACACACAGAGUUCUAAUUAUUUUUCUCUUUCCAUUUGCCCAGAAGCACCAGAGGUAGAUGCCAGGAACCCUAUGUGUUUGUGUGUGUGUGUAUGCGUGUGUGUGCGUGCGCGUGCGUGCAAGCAUGCAUGUGUUCACCGUUAAAAUGCCAGGGUCUCCAUGACAGCUCUGUGCCAAGACACCGAGGCUAAGGUUAUAUGACUACUGGCAGAAUUGUCUCCCCCCCCCCCCCCCCCCGUCCCCACCUCAGCCCCCUGCCACACGCCCUGUGGAGUGUCUUAGCAGUCUCAGAGAGGACCCUGACAUUCUCUCCGGGUUCUCAGAUACAACAAAACAAAACGGAGACUCAUUCUCUGGCAUCUCUCAGCCCAAAGGCCUGGGGUUAAGCUCCAUAAUGGUUUAAAUAGCCCCUGAGACAAGAAGAGGAGGUGGCCCGGGCUCACCCUGCCUCUUUUGUUCUCCAGCACUGCUCGUCUGCCAGACGUCUCACCUCACCACCUGGAGAGUGAUAGUGGGUCUGUAGGGCCAUAUGUAGACCAGGGUACUGCCCGCCAUCUUCUGUCCUGUCCUGGGAAGCUCAGUACCAGUCUCAUUUGUCCUGCAAUUUUGUGCCCGACCACGUUGAGCCUCCACCCUGGUGAACACACCAAGGACCAGAAGGACUUCUUGCUGCUCCAAGGAUCUGCCCACCUUUACAGAAAUGCUAGUCCUUCAGAUUUCCUGGUCAGUGGGCUGGGGCCAACUCUGACUUCCUUUGGAGUUCUGGGAUUCAAGCUCCUCACUGCCAAGGGGCUAGGUGGACUCAAGCCUGGGGAGGGACCAGGGGCAGGGAGACACAAGCUGGCAUCCAUAGGACAUUUAUGGAAUCUGCUAAAAGGAGAGCCAAGGAGAACAUCCUCUAGAUCUCUCUGACUCUCUCCUCCCAUCCCUUCCCAAGAGGUGGGUUUAUCCUGAGUCGCUUACUCUCCAAUCAGGGGUGCCCAGAGGCAGAUACCCCAGGUUGGAUGUGUCCCAGGGAAGUGGCUUUGGCUUUGACUGGAUAGCCCUAUUCUAGCUCCUUAUGGAAGGCCUCCCAUAACCUGGGGAGCUUCUCUUCCCCUUCUUGGAGGAGGCAGUGACCAGAUCUGAAAGUGGCAGAAAAGUCCACCCGGCCCCAGCCCAGAAUCUUACUGGGGCAAUGGAACUGGUUGAGACCUCCAUGCCUCCUCAUGCCAAAUUUCCCCCUAUUUUGACCUUAAACAUGGGUGUUCCCACUAGGAGGAUGGACGGGGAUGAGCCGAGGGUGGUUCCUUUUACUAUCAAGAGUUGUAUUUUUGUACGGUCCUCCCUUUUAUGCCAAGUAUAUGUGUGCCGAAUUGUGCAAUGGAUUUACGUAGCAAACUUGAGUCUGCAAAUAAAGCAAAGUAAAAAGCCA